GGAAAGCGCAUUCAUAACAAGCCCGCAACCCCGGAGGCCAACACUGGUACGGAGCAGUAGCAAUUUUCCAUCUGAGGAUGUGGAAGUUAAUGCAUCCUUUUAAUAGUUAAGCAUAUUAGUUGGUCGCCCAGUUCGUUCCAAGUCGUACCCACCAGAAAUAGCUGUGAGAUGGCCAUCAGCUUCAGAGCACUGAAGGGCUGCCUGAGCAAUGUCAUGGGGACCGUGAAGACCGGCAAUUUUCGGUCCCAUACCGGCCUGCUGACCCUGAACAGCGCAACGCCAUGCAACUGCUAUAUAACCCUAACCCCAGGCCACAGAGCGAAGGCGCUGACGAAGGAACCCGCUUCGACUCUGCACCCGACACCGUGCCCCACGCUCCAGAGCGUUUGCCGCAGUUCGAGCGUGUGCCUGCCCCAAGUUCGCACUGACGCUCCCGCGAAUGACGUCGCCUUCGCGCCCGAGUUGGUCGAGUAUCUCGGCUGCCCCGUGGACGUCACCAGCGGCGCCGUCCCGUCGGACCAUGACCGUUUGCCUUUCCUCGAGCUGCGUGGCGAGCAUGACGACGUCGGGGACGGAGCGAGCAUCUCGCCCACCACCGCGGUCCUGUCGGGCUACCUGGACGCCCAGCCGUAUCAGGUGUACUGUUUCGACGUGGACCGGCAGAUGGCCGCACGGAUGGUCCUGUCGGACUACGAGCGGGAGGUGCUCCAGUUCUCGGGCACGCCGGCGGCCCAGGCGGACGAGGGGCCCAGGGACCACCCCGGGAGGGCCUCCGAGGAGCAGCUCCAGAGGUUGCAGACGGCGCUCGCCGAAACCCUGCCCAAGUUCUUCACGGAGCCCCACAACUACUCCCUGUACCACAAGGGCAUCGUGUUCAGGAACAACAUCCGUGGCGUCACCACCCAGGGCCUGCCCGGCUACGUGCAGCAGCUGGCCCUGGUGCGGAUGCUGGGCCACCUGCGCUACGCCCACGUCAAGCUCGAGGUGCUCAAGAUGACCGUCCACCGGGAGGACAGCACGGUGCGCAUUCGCUGGCGCAUCGUGGGCCUCUCGGGCCUCCGGGUGCUCUUCAUGUUCUGGAAGUUCAGGAUCUGGGAGUGGAAGAAGAUGAUGUCCCGGGAGGCUGAGUGGACGGACGGCUUUUCCGUGAUGAAGGUCGGUGCAGAUGGCCUCAUUCACGAACACACCUGUGACAAGAUCAUGCCGGACGACGACCUCGAGAAGGUCCUCAAGCCUUCCAACGUGGCCGUAAAGCUGGCCCUGCUACUCGGCCUGACGCCGCAGUCCAUCAGCUUCGGAUCUUCGGCCAUGGCUUCGAGCGAGGACGGCCUCCUCUAGUGGCAGACGGCGGCGGCUAGUCACGACACACGCAUACGUCCUCCAGCAAACUUAGGGCCCUCCCCCUUCUAGGCUGUGUACAUACGUCGAAGGAGUCUGCAAGUGCAAGGACCUGGACGAAAGCCCCGGAACCGAAGUUGGCGAGUCACGGUACCGGCUUCCUCGGUUGGCACCCGCUUCCACCGGCUCGUUUCGCCGUCGUACCGCCGCUCUUGGUGGGUGGUGCAGGAAGCUCGAGAAGGCGGCUCUCAACGGCGUGGUUUCCGCGCAAAAACCCCCGCAGUUUUUUUUAAAGGUUCACUUUGUGCCGGAGAGUUCCGCGAGGUGGCACGAGACUUGCCAUCAGUUCAGAAUGGUGCAGUGGCUAAUGUAAACAAAACAUUUUUUUCAAAAUGGUAUUGCCUGCAGGAAAAUGGUAGAGUUUGGUCUAAAUAGACUUAUUUCUAAUUGCCCACGCAUCAAAGAGAAUGUUGGGAACGUCGGUCUAUGCACCACACGCGUUCGCCUUCCCCGUAUAAAAGAUUCGAAGUAAAUGACCGAAAUAAGGCACCGACGAAGUGCGUGCAACAUGUCAUUUGUUUUAAGCUCUUGAACAGUUACUGCUGCGCACGGCAGCACAUGCGGCGCGUGUAACUACACCCGCAGCAUGCUUCUUGGUAGUUGGGGCAAUUUAGCAAAAGGUCUACGUAUUUAGCCACUUGUAGUAUGUAUAUACUAUACAAAACAAAAUUGGGGCGGGAAUGCGAGAGAUGAAAUGACUAGUUUUCCACGAGCAAGAAAUGUCGGUGUGGAUUAGAACAGUUGCGCGUUUCUGCACCUUGUUUAACAUUUGUUGCUGGCAGAGGGAAGUUCUUUUGUUUUCGGGCUGUAAAUUAACUUUUUCUUUCCAAAGGUCUACCAAACUGAAUUUACUUUGCUCGAUUGGCAGCAGUUGGCUUGCUCUAGCCGAGCGUAACCUUUUGAAACUGGUGAAGGGCCCAAUCGUAGAUUGGGUAGAGCAGAUGUACAUAGAAUUGCUAAAGCGGCAAAAAUUAAAGUUUGCUCGUUAAAUGCGCAGAAAGCGGUUUACAUUCUUUUGGCUCGAAGUUGACAAUUUCAUUUCUAGGCUGCGAUGCUUUUGAUAGAUGUUCUCAAAGAAAGGUUAGGUAAUAUGCGAGGACAACUGACGACGCUCUUCAUCAAAUAAUUGUGUAUGUCAAAGGAUUAAGCUGAUGUCAUACAUGGGUCGGAGCUCAGUUGGGAAGGCUACACGUGUGUGCGCCGGAUGUUUAACAAUCCCCAGAACAUGUCGGCAAUUGCUUCUUAAGCCGGUAUGUAGCAUCCUUCCCCAAAUAUAUGAACCUAACAUAUUGCUCCAAGCACAUUACUAAAGUUUGCAAAAACCUGGCAAUAUUCGGCGAUUUCGAUAUGCAGUGUUUCCGUGAGCCAUUAGAGAACGUCUGGCAAGCAGUGGCACCUGCAUUGGUCAACGUGAAACUAUGUACACCUGAAACUGAAGCCUGCACACUUACUUAGAAGCCAGAUGAAUUGAAAGCUUGCAUUUGUACGACCUUGUUCCAACCUUUUAUAAAAAGUUUACGACAA